GUAAGGAAAUGGAAUGACAAAUAUUGUGCAAAAAAUUCAAGUCGCGGAAGCAACAAAAGUUUUUCGGGAAGAAAGUUGGUCAAAUAUAGCCAUUAAAUAUUCAUAAAAUUGGAUUUAUUUAGUCCGAAAAAAGUUCUAGUAUGGAAAUGGUGUAAAGCAAUAUAUGAACGUUCGUAUACAUAAAUGAAAUAUUAAAUUCUGCAGCUGCAUUCCUUUGUGCUAGCUGCUGCGUCAAACGCAAAUAUUUAUGCAAUCCAGCACGGGCGUGAAUUUCAAUUCAUACCUACCUAAAUGCGUCAAAAUCAAUUUUAAAACAAUUCUGUCGGAUAAAAAUAUAUAAAUUAAUUCGAAAAUAUAAAACUGACUGUUUCGAAAUAUCAGCAGUAUGAAGAGUUAAAAAUAAACACACAACCACCUCCACAAUUUUAGCUCUGCUUAAACGGCAAUCAUAAUACCGCAGAAACAAUUGUGAGCGCAGCGACGUUUUUGUGACAAAUCUCCACUUUUUGCCCUUUGAUUUGGGCGAUAUUUACUAUCAUGGAAAGUGCUAAAAUAAAAAUACAUAAAUGAAAAUAAAAUUGAAUGCAGCGUGUGGGAUAUAUUUGAGUCAUAAGUACUAUAUAUGAGUGAUUUGCUAUCUUUUGGCGUAAGACCAUUUAUAUAGCCAAAAUGUCUGACUUUAUGCCACGCGACAUUCUUCCUGAUCUUUGGGAGGAGAUUCUUAAACGUCAUUGGACAUAUUUGGAAACGGAAGGAAGCGUACAAAAGAUCGAAGAAGGAAAAAAAUUAGAGAAUUGCCUUAAGGAGUUUCUGUGCAUUGUGCCUCAUGAUCGGAAGUUUUUUCUUCCCGAGACUGCUCACGUGCUCAGGAAAUCAAUACGAGAAACGGACAAGUUCAAUGCUUACAAGGCGAUCAUUGGCUUUCGAUCAAUCAGCCAUUAUGCAAACAACUUAUUUACAAAACCAUGGCGGAAAGAAUUUAGAGUGUUAAAGAUGUAUUCCGGUUUCUAUCAGCAUGAAAUUAAAUCUAAUUUGCUUGAUGCUGAAAAACUCUUCGAGGCUAUGGGCUACCGACAGGUUUCGGAUGAGAUUCUUGUACUAGAUGGUCCUAUUUGUCCCGAUCAAGUGACAAACGUAUCACGUGACGCAAUGGCGGCCUAUGUCGAGUGUCAAAUAAUGGAGCACAUCUAUGCGGGCCUCAUUGCUAUUGGACUGACAUGUUCCUGGCAGGAUAUUUUUAACUAUCGGGAAACAUUUGUUGGCGGAGCCUCACAAGCAAUCAAAGGUUUGGCCUACGCUAUUCACGAAAAGCGAAUGCGAAAGGAAAAACUUAUAACUCUUGAUAACUGCUAUGCUAGCAUCCAACACUCACCACAAACGUUAAAUAUCACCCCGACGUCGUCAGAGUGUCCAAAUUGUGCGCUUUAUAAUCGGAUGCCCGCACAUCCGCAGUACGCUAUGCAUAGUGACAACCAUCGAACAUGUGCCCUUCAUACGCCUGCAUCGACAAAAGUGACGAACCAUUUGUACAAUGGAAAUAGCAAAAUGCCUUCUUACCCAAUAUCAGGAUACCAACAAGCGCAGCACGCAGGUUUUGGCGUAUCCCCUGCGGGCAUGCAGCACUCACGAAGUUUGGAGCACUAUAGUGAACCGGUGCCACAAUUGCCACAUAGACAUUCAUUUGAUCAUCAGCAAAAGGGCUGCACUGCACAUCAUUACAAACCACCACAUCAAUUGCCCCCACAGCACGUGUACGAGUCUCCUUAUGAUUGUCUGGAUGGUUCAAGCAUGGGCGGUAGUAGUGUUUCUUAUGCAGCUGUUGUGGCGUCCGGUGGCGUUUCAAAUAACGGUGUUAGCAACUGUGAAAUGAAUUCCGCUUACUAUCAUCCUUACAAUGUGUCGGGUAAUCGGUAUCCACUCCCGUACAACAUUUCAAAUCAGUUGAAUUCGCACUAUGCAACUCCUAAUGUUACGUGCAAUGGUAUUAAAGGUGAUCCCUACAAUAAUGCAGACAACAGUGGCUAUGCUUCCGUAUCGAAAACGCAUAAUUGUAAUCACCAUCAGCCGCCACUGCCGCCAAUGCGUCAAUCGUCUGUAGUGGCUGGUGGUAAAGAUUUUCAAGCGUACCGACAACGUUCCUUUCCACCUGAUCAACAGUUGAUUGAAUUUGAUGAUCGAGCGCCGCUAACGUCGCAUGACUUCCACGCGCAAUUACAUGGAAUAGCGCAUUGUAAUUCAUUUGAUUACGAGCGCGAGCGAGAUAGGGAGCGUGAACGGGAUCGAAUGCUCGAGCAGCAGCGGCGCUUGAGUCGUGCGACCAACGUGGCAUCAGCGUACGCUCAGCCGAAGGAUAUUGUAAUGGGCCUGCCUUAUGCGUCGCAUGCCGGAAUACCAUCUGCUUCUCAGCAGCCCUCGUCUGAUGACAUGUAUGGCAGUUAUGUGUAUGCACGUCCUUUACCUAAAGCUGAUCGUUCAAAAUUUAACUCAUCGUCUACUAAUGCGGCACCCAAGUAUGAAAGGAACUCUAAUAUAUUGGAUGCACUUGAAAAUAACGAUAAACAACUACAUCUGCAGACCAUGGAAUUAAAGGAUAACACCACACCGCACAACGGGAUGCCUGGCGGAGGUAGUAGACGGAAAAUAUCUAUGCAUGCCGAUGAAGCGCCAGACAUGAGUUUCGAGUCGAAUUUCGAUGAUUUUAUUACCGUGGGCCAUAGUGAGCAUCCUAUGCAUCGUUCACCGACGCAAGCAUCCAAAAAUCAAGAUGGUGUAGGUUCCUUCGAGUCAUGGAACUACGUUUUUAAGAAUCUGGAGCGAUCCGGUUAUUCCAAGGACUUAGGUGAACGAGGAGAUCUGCUUGUUCAGGGCUUAGAUUUGGACUCAAUGAAUUUAUCGAAUGGUGGCGGAGGAAGCGGCAGCGGUGGAAAGACUACAGUUGAAAGGCGGCGCUCAAAUCACAUAGAUGCGGCAAAAACAGGACGGCAAACUAACAACGAUUUAGGCAAGGCGCGUACGUUGGAAAAAACGAAUGCGUCAACUGCGUUGCGAGAAAGUGAAAAACGCGAUGAGAAAAAAUUGGGAACUGGUGGUGGUAAACAAGAAAAAUCUAUUCUGAAACAGCAGCAGCAACCAGUGAAGAAAACAAAGUCUGCUCUAAAGCAAACUUCGAAUAUAGCCACACACUUAGCGCAUGACAAUAAUAAUGGCAAUAACGAAAUGCAACUCGAGAGAAACUUGCGGCUGAAGAAUCGCAAACAAUCCGCAGAGGAAGUGGCCGCCACACAGCCAACCAUGAGUGGCCAGAGUGAAUGGAGCUGUCAUUUCUGCACUUUUCUCAAUCCUAAUACGAAACGAAUAUGUGAGAUGUGUUGCCGCAGCAAGGACUUCAAUCUUGAAGCGACCGUGUCGCACACACCUACUUGCGUUUAAUCGGAUGCAACCCAGCUUGUUACGCAUGCCGUGCAGUGGGCAAAUUGAUAUUUUGUGGAGCAUAGCAUAGUCAGAAUUCUUAAAUUGUUAUUUAUCAUAUGCGAAGUAAUCAUAUUCGUUGUGAGCAUGGAAAUCAUUAGUCAAAUCUAUACAGAAAUUUAAAACUUUUAACACAUUUUGUUUGUUCUUACAACUGCUCCUUGUAGGGAUCCCAUGUUAUUGUUUUGUUUGUGUGCCUCCUUUCAUGAAUACAGUCCUGAAGCGAAUUGCUGGGCCAAGCGUAUUUCAGUGUUACUCUUAUUUAUAAUGUAAACUCUUUUUUAUUCAUUGUUGAAACUUACUAGAUGUAUUGUAAUAAAUUAUUAACUUAAGAAGUAACAACAAUCAAGGUUUUAUCCUUUGGUUCCAUUUGUGCCUCCUGUUUUAUUGUUUGACAAACAACUAACCAUAAAUUUUCAAAUACGAAUUUUAUUGUGAAAUUUAAACUUAAUGCGAAUUAGAAAACCUGUAUAUUUUGUAAACUUAAUUCGAAUAUAUUUAUAUAUAUAAAUACAUAUAUAUAUACAUAUAUACAUAAAGUAAAUAUUAAUUAAACAAAUGGAACUAUAUUUUAUAAUUAUUUAGUGGACCUAAAAAUGUGUAACUGAAGAAAAGAAUUAUAAAAGUAUACAAAAAUUAAACAUACGAAUAGUUUAUUCAAAUUUAAAUAUUAGAGAACUUCAUAGUUUGAUUGCAAAAACUGUUUGCAAACAAGUCUGCUAAGUCUUUGUAAAGGGAACCGAUUGCAAGUGACUUUUACAUAUAUCGAAUUUUACAGAGCUGAGCGCAAGUCAUAAAGAGAAUUGGUAGUACGCGAUUUUUUUCUUUUUAACUGCUUGAGCGAUAUUAGGCGAGUUCGAAAAGGCUCUAUGCUUGUUUCCAUCGAGCGCCAGACGCCAGAUGGCAACAUCCUGUGAGUGAAGUCUUUUUCGUUUUGACCUUUCCACUGCAAAGGAGUCCAUGUCUUUUAUCUGGCCCUACCGCACCGCAUCGGUGUCGCAACGAAUAUACCUACAAAUAAAAUUUAACAUUACCCUGAUUAUUUUUUAGAAAGCUCCAGCGAAAAUAUGCAACAUUCAUGCCUCACUAAUAAGAACCAAUAAUUUUUUUUUUGAUGUAAUAAAAAAAUCUACGGUAUUUAUGAAUUAAAAAAUUUCUUAUACCUUAAGCAGGUAUAUACUAAUGUACCGCUACAUGUAUAUACCUUAUGAUAUUAGAAAAAUAUAGACAAGAAAACAAAGAGCGAGCAAAGGAUCGUAGAUUUCGAAUGGUUGUUGAAUAAAAUUUGAUAAGGCAGGCGCGAAAAACUUCGCAGAGGACAAAUAGAUUAAGAACAUUUUUCACGGAUUAAUAACGACUGUGGAAAAUUAUUGCUUUAAUGUAUGUAUUGUUUGGUUGAGUGUGCGUUGACUACUACGAAAGUCAUAAAUUUGUUGAUCAAAAGUUUUUGCAUGGACUUUAAGUACAACAGAACUGAGGAGCAUAUUUUAAUAUUGUUUAUUUUGACCCCGAAAGACAUUUGUUAAACACUAAGUUUUAGAUUUCCCUUGUUUUUGUGUUAUGAUGAACUUUGUCUAGUUGAUUUUUGUUUAGUCUUGUAUGGAUAAUCAUUCAUAAUACGCAAUAAAUGUAUGUAACACUUGAUAACAAUUCGUUAUAGCAAAUGUAUUAUAACUAAAAGGAAAAAUAAAGAGUAAAAUUAUGUUCCAUA